AACACUCGUCCCCCUUUUUAAUUUUUAUUUUUUUUUUUUUUAUAAAAACAUUAUCUUAUCUCUCUCUUCUUUUCUUUCAAAUUCAAUUGGGUUCCAAAUUUCCAUCAAUGUCCAUCCCCCAACUGCCAUUUUCACCUUCUAAUUUCAUUGCCACUUCCAAUAAUAAUACUCCCAAGGUUCAGAGGGUAUCCAAAUCCACUUCAGACAGAUUGCUUCAGAAAUUCUUCGAUGCCACUGAAUUUGGAUUCGAUUACGAAACAAGUGGCCUUUGGUCUCCCCCUCUUCAACGCAGUGUUUAUUUGAGCUCUUCGGGUCAAGUUUUCAAUCAAACGGAUUUGCAUACCAAACUUCAGACGGUGUUGAAUUCUCGUAGAAGAAGACAUAAAAGUUGUUUCAAAUUCAGAGUGUUUUGGUGCUCUGUGAGGCCCAAAGCUGCAAUCUGUCAUCUUUAGUGCUAUGCUUCCAUUUUUGCUUAAUGGGGAUCGAUGAUAAUGGAGUUUCAAAGUCCCAGCGUAGAAAACAAAAGCAGAGGGGGGCCCUCUAGAAGAAAAAAGAUCCAUCCCAUACAGUUCCUAUUUUGUACAAGUUCAAUAGUUGAUAUAACUGAUUGAUUGUUGCUGAUCCAAAGUUCAAAACAUGAAUCUCUUUGACCUGUUCACUAACACCCAUCAACUCUUUCUUUUUCCCCUUAUGAAUAUGACAUUAUUACAAUGAAGAAGUUUACUGUUGAGUUAUGUUUAUAAUGGGGGUUUGAAUUAUAACUUCGUUGGGUGAAAUUACAUGGAA